CUAAUUUUAUCAAGUGAGCUACACACACAAACAGAGUUAGCAAGAGCGAGAUCCAAGCAACAAAAGGGCUUUGUGCAAUAUUUUCUUAUUUUUAAGUUGAAGAAGGUAACAAAACAAGGGGGGGAAAAUGCCAAUAUACAAAAUUGCUGUUGGGAAUCCGGGAGAGGCAAGCCACCCCGACGCUCUCAAGGCAGCAUUGGCUGAGUUCAUCUCAAUGCUCAUUUUUGUUUUUGCAGGGGAAGGUUCCGGCAUGGCCUUCAACAAGCUAACCGACGAUGGGUCGACGACUCCAGCCGGCCUUGUGGCUGCGGCGUUAGCUCAUGCGUUUGCUCUGUUUGUGGCGAUUUCGGUUGGUGCAAAUAUUUCAGGAGGUCACGUUAAUCCCGCGGUGACAUUCGGGGCCUUUCUUGGUGGCAACAUCACCCUAUUGAGGGGCAUCUUGUAUUGGAUUGCUCAGUUGCUGGGUUCAGUUGUUGCUUGCUUGCUUCUCAAGUGCGCCACCGGAGGAUUGGAAACUUCUGCAUUUUCCCUCUCCUCUGGCGUCUCCGCCUCAAAUGCACUUGUGUUCGAGAUCGUGAUGACAUUCGGCCUCGUCUACACAGUGUACGCAACAGCAGUCGAUCCCAAGAAGGGUAACGUGGGCAUUGUUGCGCCCAUUGCAAUUGGUUUCAUUGUGGGUGCCAACAUCUUAGCCGGUGGGGCCUUCGAUGGUGCAUCCAUGAACCCAGCAGUCUCUUUUGGGCCUGCCGUGGUUAGCUGGACCUGGACCAACCACUGGGUGUAUUGGGCGGGCCCGCUUAUUGGUGCUGCCAUUGCUGCGCUUAUCUACGAUAACAUCCUAAUUGGUGACAAUGCUCAUGAGCAACUACCCACAACUGAUUAUUAGGAAUUUCUGUUUGUUUUGUCUCUCUGUCUGUCUGUCUGGAGCGUGUUGAAUAAUGCUUGGGGGGAAACAAAUUGUUCAGGGGAGGGCUACGGGGUCAUUUGGAUGAACUUCUUGAAAUUGGUUGAUGUUUUAGUCAUUUGUGUUUUAAUUUCUCUCGUGUUUGUGGCUAUCAUUUUGUGCCAGGGUUUCUUGUUGUUUUCGAAGGUCCAAUCAAAUGAUAUUCCUUGUUUGCAAUCACAAA